ACCACGAUUUCACCAUUCUUUUGGCUGAAUAAAUCAUCUUCUCUAAUUCAUUACGUCACCUUGGUCGAACCCUAAUCGGGAGAUCAAGCAUUCCAAGCUUAGCAGUUGGGGGAAAUUCGAAAACUCGCGGGUGGGAUGGAAUCGGACGGGCAAAGGACAUCCUCGAACCCGUCGGCCAUGCUUACAGCGCUCAUGAGCAGGAGGGAAAGUCUCCGGGACGAGCUCCGGGCAAUUGAGAGACAAGUCUAUGACUUGGAAACUACCUACUUACAAGAUUCAAACCAGAAUGGAAGUGUGUUGAAAGGAUUUGAAGGAUUCCUGUCAUCAUCAAAGAGUACUGCAAACCUAAAGCGCUCCAGAAAGUUUCAGCCCGAAGAUAGGCUAUUCUCCUUAUCAUCAAUUACUUCGCCAGCGGCUGAAGAAAAUGUAGCUGGUCGGGAUGAAGGAAGAUCCGAAUAUGGACCAGGUCGAUUCAAGGGUGGAGGUACCCCUGCCAACGGACAAGGAAAACCAAAGAAGGGAGGAAGAGUUGCUAUAAGAGAAACUAAACGGCUUCGGCCAUCAAGUGAGCAAGACAUGGAUGACGAUGAAGAUCCUGACAUGAGUUUGAGAUGAUUGUUUACAGCAGCACUAAGCACUUAAUUAUUGAUUUUGCUAGGGCUGCUCACUUCACUCACAGCUAAUCUCUACUUGGAUGACUUUCAUCAUGUCCCUUUGAUGCAUCGAGAUACUUGGCUACACAUUUUGUUAGAACUGACUAGUUUCUGUAUGUAACAUAAAAUAAGUUGGACUGGGAUUCCUAUUUAUCGAGAGACAUUUGAAAGGCAUGCACUGCCUAAAUGUUAAAAAGAAAAGAAGAAAAAGAGGAAUAGUACGUUGAGUUUGAUUUUA